GAGCUCGACGACGACGACGACCUCGAAGAGGGAGAAGUGAAGGAAGAGGACGACGAAGACGACGACCAGAGAGGACGACAGCGAGUGGUGGCGCCGGAAGGGGCGGCGGAAGGGACGACACGGACGACGACCAGUAUUUGUCGCUUUUAUGGCAGAGGACAGUGCACGUGGGGUAACAACUGUCGCUUCGUUCACCCGUCGGGAGGCGUCAAAAGGGCGCCGAAUCUCCCGCCGCCGCCAAUGCCUCCCCCUCAGCAGACGCGACGCCCACAGCGCGACUUCGGGGGCUAUGGAGGGGGCGGAGGUGGAGGGGCGGCGGCUGAGUCGGAGAGCGCGUGGGAGCGCGGCCUCAAACAGGCGAAGGAAAUGAUAGUCCGCGCGACGCGACGCAAAGAAGAGGAACUGGACUUUGAGGACAAGCGCUUCCAUUUGGGAGUCGAGGAGUCGGCAGUUGUCUCGAGCGGCGGCGGUGGGCGCCGGGAGUCGGCGUCUCCCGACAACUACGAGCGCAAUGACGACGAAUACGAGCGAAGACGGCGUCUGGCGUUCGAGUCCGCCCCCUGGAACAACGACCCC